AUGGUCGCCAAGGGCCCGCCGCAGAAUCCGUACAAAUUUACACGGGAGGACUAUGAUAAUCUAGUAGAUCAGACGUCAAAUCAUCGUAUAAGUGAACGUUCCAAGUAUAAUGAGAUUGAACUCGUAGAAGAUUGUACACUCUUUGAAAUCUAUCGCCAACCACGGGCUCCCGUGACGGAUGCAAAGGCAACUAAGACACUAUCGAUGCGACAAUUAAAUGCCGAUUUGACAUGUCCCAUUUGUCUAGGUAUUAUUAAAAAGACAAUGGUCGUUAUGGAAUGUCUGCAUCGUUUUUGUCGGGAUUGUAUUUCGACCGCCAUUCGUCAUAGCAAGCGCGAGUGUCCGUCCUGUCGGAUUCAUAUUCCAUCAAAGCGCUCGUUACGUUCCGAUGCCAAUUUUGACGCAUUCAUUGCGAAAGUUCACCCCAAUUUGGCGGAAUUUGAACGUCAAGAGGAUCAAAUUAUCCAGCAGGUGAAUCGAGCCAGACUUUUAAACACUGCAUACACUGAGAGCACUCGCAUGGGCCUUUCAAAUCAAGAACCAGCUCGUCGCAAUGGUUAUAGAAAAAAAGCAGAAAAUACGACAUCGUCGCGUCCGUCUUCCCCAGUAAACGGAUCAAAUGAAAACUCGCCAAUUAUUGGAGAGAAGCGAAGCUCACCCGAUAGCGAGUCGCCUAGUGACAACGUUUCUUCGUCUGGUGCUGUUUUAGAAAAUGAAGCUGUUCGCAAGAAGCUUAAAUGUGUAUCCUCUACCCCGUCUUUCAAGCCAGCGGUGACCGACCGCGUGAACUUGCGCGUGCUACUACACGAGAACGAACAGCCGGAAGCACCUAAGUUGGAGCGUACGCUCUUCACUACGUCGCCAAAACUCAAGAUUCGUCAUCUAAAGAAGCAUCUUGCCGCUCUGCUUAAGCUGGACACGUACGAUAAUAUGUGUAUUGUAUUGCCUACCGUAAACUGCACACUUAGUGGCCUGAGUGAAUCAGCCAAAGCCCAGAAGAGUGUGGACGUUGUGAUUCGCCAGGAUCUGCAGUGCGACCAGGAGGUGGAGGACUAUGUGACUUUAAAAGAUAUUUAUCAGCAGUACGGUAUGGGCACGGCUUGGGAGCUACGUCUGCUGUAUCACUUCUCCUCGGACACAAUCGUCAAUGGCAUCGCUCAUAUCGUAUCAGGGCGUCUACCACCACAUAAGUAA